AUGCCACAAGAGGAAAGGUUGGCACGCUACCAGCAGUUCAAGGACUUUCAGAAAAGAAUUCUUGUGGCAACCAAUCUAUUUGGAAGAGGAAUGGAUAUUGAACGAGUGAACAUUGUUUUCAAUUACGACAUGCCAGAGGAUUCAGACACUUAUCUUCAUCGAGUUGCUCGCGCUGGCCGAUUUGGCACCAAAGGUCUCGCUAUCACAUUCGUCAGUGACGAAAAUGAUGCCAGGGUGUUGAAUGAAGUACAGGAUCGCUUUGACGUAAAUAUCGGAGAACUUCCAGACGAAAUUGAAGUCUCUUCUUACAUUGAAGGACGAUAA